AUGUCACUUUGCAGCAUUUACUUCGGUUUCUUGGUACUAGCAUGUGCUGCGUUCGCAUCCUCACAACUCACAGGUCCGUCUCAGACGCUGUCUGCUUCACCAGCAGCUUUUACGUACAACAAUGACAGUUUUCUCCUCAAAGGAGAGCCAUAUACCAUCAUUGGCGGCCAGAUGGACCCUCAACGCAUUCCUUACCAGUACUGGAGGGAUAGACUAUCCAAGGCAAGGGCCAUGGGCUUGAACACAAUCUUCUCCUAUAUCUUUUGGAACAACCUGGAGCCGAAUCAAGGAGCCUGGGUGUCCGAAGAUCCUCAGAAUGAGGUGGCAGAAUACUUCAAAAUUGCACAAGAAGAAGGAUUAUAUGUUGUUUUGCGGCCUGGCCCCUAUAUUUGCGGUGAACACGAGUGGGGAGGCUUCCCGGCAUGGCUAAGUGAGAUACCUGGAAUGGAGGUCCGUACCAAUAAUACGCCAUUUCUGGAGGAAACCAAGAAAUACAUUGCGAAUCUUGCGAACAAAUCGCACCUUGCUGAGCUUCAAGUCUCGCGAGGGGGGCCGAUACUUAUGGUACAAGUCGAGAAUGAGUAUGGAUCGUUUGGCGAAAACCAUAAUUAUACGGCGGCCCUGCGGGAUAUUAUACGCGAGAGCUUCGAUAUCCCUCUGUACACAAAUGAUGGAGGCGUUGACUGGACGCUCGAAGGUGGCCAUAUUCCCCAUGUUCUUGCAGCGGUUGACGGUGGGUCUUGGGCGUUGCCGGCUCGUGAUCUUUAUAUCACCGACCCUACUGAACUUGGGCCACUCUUGGAUGGUGAAUACUACACUUGGGCACCUGAUCAAUGGGGCUCCCACAAUCCUCAUAACACCACUGUAGGCAACGCCGACUCCGUGUCAAGCAUUCUAAGCGACAUUGACUACCAUCUGGGGAACUACUCCGCCUCCAUUAGCUUUUACAUGGUACACGGAGGUACAAACUUCGGCUUUCAAAACGGUGCCAUGUGGCAAAACCGUACUACCGUCUUCACAACUUCUUACGACUACGGAGCUCCACUAGAUGAGACCGGCCGGACCACGGACUUGUACUUCAAGAUGCGUGAGGCAAUCCUGCCAUAUGUGCCUGAUGGCAGUGUGCCGGACCCACCGACCAACUUGCCAAGGGCCACAGUACCCCAAUUCGAACUCUGUCCGAGUACUAGCUUAUUUGAGGCCGCCACAAGUAGAAGAAACGCUGCUUCGCCUCUCACAAUGGAGGCCCUUGGACAAUCAUACGGGUUCACCUUGUAUGAGCAUACUGUCGUUUCUACCAUCGAAGGACUUCUGGCGGUCGGUGAUCGACCACGAGAUCGGGUACUCAUUUACGUCAACGAUAGAAUCCAGGGAGUGAUGGAUAGCCAGUACCAACAUCCCCUAACAGUCAGUGUCUCACUCCAAGCAGGCGACAAGUUGCAGCUGCUCGUUGAGAAUCUUGGCCGAGUCGAUUAUUACUCGCGAGGUAAUCCAUACAGAAAUUAUUUACAAGAUCCCUGGAAAGGAGUAAAGGGUGACAUAUCCAUUGACGGAUCCAUUUUAAGUGGAUGGAACAUGUAUCCUCUGCAGCUAGACUCUGUACCGGUACAGAGAUGCAGCAAUACAUCGGUGGGAAACAAGUCCUUAUCAGACUUGCCACGUUUCUUCCACGGAUCAUUCAUAGGUCCCUCAACGUCACACAACUCAUCAAUGACUCUCGACACUUUCAUCACCGUACCGAACGGAAUCAAGGGAAACGUUUGGGUGAAUAAUUUUCAUUUAGGAAGAUACUGGCUUGUUGGCCCUCAACAGUCUCUAUACCUACCAGGUACAGUUGUGAAGCCGGAUGAGACGAAUGACGUGGUGAUCCUAGAACUAGAGCCCUGGCAGAUGAACUCAACGUCGAUGGUUGUAUACGGCUCCCCUGAGAGGUUCUGGGGUAACAAUCCGGAUCCCGACUGCUUAAAAUGCAUAUAA